AUGCAUUGGUAUGACGAGGAGCUUAAAAAGGAAAAGCUCAAGCAGGAGCGAGAGCAAAACUUGUGGAAUAACACACAGCAGUACAACAUUGGGAGGAAUGAUUGGACCCUUGUUAACUGUCGCGACAACUCAGUUGUAACGAAAGAAAAUCUAAAAGGAAAAUGGCUCCUAAUGUAUUUCGGUUUCGCCCACUGUCCAGACAUUUGCCCCGAAACAAUGGAAAAAAUAAUGGACAUCAAGGAAAUCCACGAUCACGCGCGAAAGAAGAAUGCAGAUCUUCCAGAUCUUGAGCCUGUCUUUGUCACAAUCGAUCCUGAGCGAGAUACUCCCGAGAAUCUUGCUUAUUAUCUUGAAGAUUAUCCGUCCUUUUUGGGUCUUACUGGUUCAUCGAAGCAAAUCAAGCAAAUGUGCAAAAACUACAAGAUUUACUUUAGCGUUGGACCUAAAAGUGACGAGGGCGAGUAUCUCCUUGACCACACGAUUGUCAUUUAUCUAAUCAACCCGAACGGCGUUUAUCAAAAUCACUUCAUGAAUCGACAAAUGCCACCGGAAGACAUGCAUCCAGUUAUUUUGCAACAGAUCGAUUUGUUUAACAACUUAAAAAUGAACUUCCUCGCUCUCUUCUUCGCUCUUAUCCAAAUCACAAGCGCCUCUCGAUUCAUCACUAAAUCAUCUGUUUGCAACUUCGAUGUCUGCAACAAAUGCGACGAAGUCGUUUCCCAAAACCGACCUGGUUACCAGAAAACCGUCAGCAAAUGCAAGAUCAUUCUCAACCCAGAAAUGAACUGCUGCAACGCUUAUCUCCGACCCAGCAACUCCAUCAUUUACUAA